UCGUUGCUAAUUAUAAAUUCUGUCUUCGUUGUCAACUUCUCUCUACCCAUUUUUACUCACACACAAAAAAGCUGAUCUCUAUAUAUACAUAUAUAUUCUGUCUCUCAUCAUUUAAUUUAAUUUAAUUUAAAUUGAAAUUCCUGAGAAAUAUACAGCAGCUUCAUUCCAUCAAGAAGAAUGGGUGUUCAUGGAGUUUUCAUGAGAGUAAAUCAAUCUGCUACUACUCUUCUGCCUUGUUUUCCAUCUCCUAAACUCAACCAUGGUGGUGCCAAAAUUAAACAGUUCUGCGUUAAAUCAUCGGCCGCCGGAAAUUCAGAACCGGAGGAAGGAAAGAUGGUAAUAAAGAAAGAAAAAGACGGCUGGAAGAUUGAUUUCUCCGGCGAAAAACCGGCAACGCCGGUGCUCGAUACAAUCAACUAUCCGGUUCAUAUGAAGAACCUCUCCACAAAGGAUCUCGAGCAGCUAGCUGCAGAACUUAGAGCGGAGAUUGUUUACACGGUAGCGAAAACCGGAGGGCAUUUAAGUUCGAGUUUAGGUGUGGUUGAGUUGACUGUGGCUCUACACCAUGUUUUUAAUUGCCCUGAUGAUAGAAUUAUAUGGGAUGUUGGUCAUCAGGCUUAUGGGCAUAAAAUUCUAACCGGUAGAAGGUCUAAAAUGCACACUAUAAGGAAAACUUCAGGGCUAGCUGGAUUUCCGAAAAGGGAUGAGAGUGUUUAUGAUGCUUUCGGUGCUGGUCAUAGUUCGACGAGCAUAUCGGCUGGACUCGGUAUGGCGGUGGGAAGAGAUCUAUUGGGGAAGAAGAACAACGUGGUGUCAGUGAUUGGUGACGGGGCGAUGACGGCUGGACAAGCGUAUGAGGCGAUGAACAAUGCGGGGUUUCUUGAUUCUAACCUUAUUGUUAUUUUGAACGACAACAAACAGGUUUCGUUGCCCACUGCAACGCUUGACGGGCCCGCGACGCCUGUCGGGGCCCUCAGUAGCGCUCUCACGAAGCUUCAAGCUAGCCCCAAAUUCAGACAACUUAGGGAAGCUGCAAAGAGCAUAACAAAGCAAAUUGGGCCACAAGCACACGAAGUCGCGGCAAAAGUCGACGAAUACGCAAGAGGGAUGCUUAGUGCCCCCGGUUCAACACUCUUCGAAGAGCUCGGAUUAUAUUACAUAGGCCCGGUCGACGGCCACAACGUCAAUGAUUUAGUCACCAUUUUCGAAAAGGUCAAAUCCAUGCCUGCACCCGGUCCAGUUCUAAUUCAUAUCGUCACCGAAAAAGGCAAAGGCUACCCUCCGGCCGAAGCAGCCGCUGACAGAAUGCACGGUGUUGUGAAGUUUGAUACAAAUACCGGAAAACAAAACAAGGUGAAAUCUUCGACGCUUUCGUAUACGCAAUAUUUCGCUGAGUCGCUUAUAAAAGAAGCGGAGAUAGAUAGCAAAAUCGUGGCUAUUCAUGCUGCAAUGGGAGGAGGAACCGGUUUGAAUUAUUUCCAGAAACGAUUUCCCGAUCGUUGCUUUGAUGUCGGCAUUGCGGAGCAGCAUGCGGUCACGUUCGCAGCUGGCUUAGCCACUGAAGGGCUCAAGCCGUUUUGCGCUAUAUAUUCGUCUUUCCUCCAAAGAGGAUACGACCAGGUGGUGCAUGAUGUGGAUCUUCAAAAGCUACCGGUCCGGUUCGCGAUGGACCGGGCGGGUUUAGUUGGUGCGGAUGGGCCCACGCAUUGCGGAGCGUUCGAUGUCGCGUUCAUGGCGUGCUUGCCUAAUAUGGUGGUCAUGGCACCGUCGGAUGAAGCGGAGCUUAUGCAUAUGAUCGCCACAUCAGCGGCUAUAGACGAUAGGCCGAGCUGCUUUCGAUUUCCGAGGGGCAAUGGCGUUGGGGCUGCUCUUCCACCUAGUAACAAAGGAAUACCACUUGAAAUUGGGAGAGGAAGGAUACUCGUGGAAGGUAGUAAAGUGGCGAUUCUUGGAUACGGAGCGAUAGUUCAACAGUGUUUGGGAGCUGCGGAAAUGCUGAAAUCCCACAACGUAUCGAUAACGGUGGCCGAUGCAAGAUUUUGCAAACCGUUGGAUACGGAAUUGAUCAGACGAUUGGCCAAAGAACAUGAAAUAUUGAUCACCGUGGAAGAAGGUUCGAUUGGAGGCUUUGGAUCACAUGUUUCACAUUUUCUCAGCCUAAACGGUAUUUUGGAUGGCCAUCUCAAGUUGAGAUCAAUGGUGUUGCCCGAUAAAUACAUCGAUCAUGGAGCACCACAAGAUCAGAUUGAAGCAGCGGGCCUCUCGUCGAGGCAUAUUUGCGGGACGGUUUUAUCGCUCUUGGGAAGACCGAUCGACGCUCUCAAACUUCAAUGAAAAAAAGUAUAAUGUAUCAAUAAUUGAGUGAAUUUGGUUACAUCCAAAUAUAAGAUUUUAACAUUUGGAGGGGAUAUGAUGAAUGUAUUGUGCAAUAUAUCAUAGAAAUCGAAAUAUUUAUUCAAUAUCCAAACAUCAAAAUUUAAAAUGAAAGUUUACUUGAAGGGAGUUUAUGCCAAACUUUUUUAGUGUUACAACUUACAACAUAGAAAAAGUAUCAUAUAUUGGAGAGAGAGAGAGAGACUGUAUAUUAGGUGGUCUAUUCAUAAUUAGUUGGUUGUAUGAGGAUAUUAUUAUGUAAUUGUUUUUUAUAAAUAAUUACUAUUUGCACAU